AUGGCCGAGGAGUUGGAUUACGCCGAAUUCGGUCUACCUUCCGAGUUCUUCACGGAGGAUUUCUUCGUGGAGGAAAAGGGCACCGGGGGCGGAGGCGGCGCAGCCUUGUUCCCCUCAGAGUUUCCCUACGAGUGGGGGUGGUACUCCGAGGUCAACUCGCCGGGGGACUCGGCCGCGGGAACCGACGCCAGCGAGGAGGAAGACUACCUGGCCGGGUUGACCUGGCAGAUGGCCCACUACUUCCUCCGUGACGACGAGAAGAAGCCUGCCUCGAACACAGCUAUCGCCGCCGCCGCUCCCAAGGUAUCCACCGCCGGUCAUGAUGCCUCGCCUCUGUGGACGUUCAUCUGCUUCGCAGAGUAUGUAACCUCGAGGACCUUGUGCAGGGGACUCUGAUGGUGGGCUCGCCACAGUCUAUCCUCUGCGCGGUCGGAAGCUGGAACGACGAGUUCGGCAAGCGGCAGCGCACCGGCCGGCGCGGCCCCUUGUGCCCACCGGCGCGGUCGGAAUCCUUUUCUCUGUUUCCUGCCGUUCUCUCCGAGAGCUCCGCCGACGGCUAUUGCCCAGGUCCAGCUCGAGGCCAGAACCAGGAAACCGCUGACCAUGUAGGCUUGCUACAGACUGACUCAACCCUCGGUCGGAUUAAUAGGAGGCGCGUCGGAGCUGCCGAUCCUCCCUGGUCUUUCCAUCAGCCGAAGAAAGUGCAGCUCGCCGCCACAUGGCGGCAGCACGAGAUGCUCGACCACGGCGGCCGGCCGGCGCCGCCUCAGGGCUGGUCGCCCACCGCCGCCGCCUUCCGGCCGCAGCCCGAACCGGGCAGUCGGGCGGUGUUACUCGGCGCCGUCCCCAAGCGGGGGGUCUCCUGCGGCACCGGCGUGUUCCUCCCCCGGCAACUCGGCCGGCCGUCAGACCUGCGGAAGAAACAAGGUGGGUCAUUGCCGCCGCCGCCGCCGCCGCUGCCCCCUCCAUCCUCUUCCUUGGCCCACGUUUUUUUUUUCAUCGACUUUUUCCCUUUCCUCGACCAACAAGGGGGGCGGGGAGCUUCGAUGCUGCCCGAAUCUUUACCGCUCAGCUUUUUUCGAUCUUCUCCGCCGGAAAGGUAGGCCGGCCAUCGUAGGUCGUUCUUUCCACGUUCUUCCAACGCCUUAACGUCGCCUUCCGAUUGGUGGCCGCAGGCGUCCCCCCCACAGUGCUGCUACCGGCGAGGGUGGUGCAGGCCCUGAACCUCGACGUGAAGGUGCCGCCGCCCCUUAUCGACCACGGUGAGAGGAACGAGGGAGGGCUUUCCGCCCAAUCCUGUUCUCGCCUUCCAAACGACCUGACGUGGGUUCGUAUUGUUGCAGACAUCACACUCUCGAGGAGCUCCGCCGUGAUGCCGCUGGGGAGAGGUUUCUCGCCCCCCGCCAGGACGGGCACCGAGCGCUUCCUGCCUGCGGACUGGACCUAUUAA